CCGCUCCCGCCCCGCCCACCGGCCGCCGCCGCGGGCGCAGCGCACCGGGGCCAUGUCGGCCUCGCGAGCCGCGGCGCCGGGCCCCGGCGGCGGGGCGGGGGAACCGGAGCCGGUGCCGCUGCGCGGCCGGGGACUGGAGCUGGAGGGAAGCAGCACGCCGACGUCGCACCGGCUGCUGGCCUACAGCGAUGCGCUGCUCUCUAUCAUCGCCACGGUGAUGAUUUUGCCUGUGGCUCACACAAAAAUACAUCCUGAUCAGAAACUCGGUGAAAGUAUUCAGCAACUUCUUCUCGCAAAAAUUGCAGUCUACUUGAUGACCUUCUUAAUAGUCACAGUGGCAUGGGCAGCUCAUGUAAGGUUGUUUCAGGUGAUAAAGCUUAUAGAUGAUGUCCUCGCUCUUCUAAAUCUGGCUUGUAUGAUGAUCAUAACUUUCUUGCCAUACACAUUUUCCUUAAUGGCCUCCUUUCCAGAGGUACCUUUUGGCAUUUUCCUGUUCAGUGUCUGUGCUGUUGUCAUUGGCCUUAUACAGGCUGUGAUAGUAGUAUAUGGAUUCUAUCACCCACAUUUACUGAAUCAUGAGAUACAGGUGUCUGAAAAUCAGAAUUUCUAUAAACGUCGUAUCUUAAAGAUUAUCCUAAGAGGACCAGUUUUAUGCUUUUUAGCAGCCAUCUUUUCUUUUUUCUUUAUUCCUUUGUCUUAUGUACUUCUUGGGCUCGUAAUUGUUUUUCCACAUCUCACUCGAUUCAUUGCAUGGUGUAAAACCAGGAUUGUUGGUCAGAGAGAGGAAGAAGAGGAACACCAUAGCUUAGAAACCUUCACUUUUUACCUCAGUGAGCCCCUGAGUAAGGAACGGGUAGAAGCAUUCAGUGAUGGAGUCUAUGCUAUAGUAGCAACCCUGCUCAUUUUGGAUAUAUGUGAAGACAACGUCCCUGAUCCCAGAGAAGUAAGGGAGAAGUUCCAUGGAAGCCUUCUUGAAGCUUUGAGUGAAUAUGGGCCAAACUACCUUGCCUACUUUGGCUCUUUUGUAACAAUUGGUCUCCUGUGGUUUGUCCAUCACUCACUUUUCCUCUAUGUAACAAAAGCUACACGAUUAAUGGAACUGCUUAACAUACUUUCGCUGGCUUUCAUUGGUGGGCUUCCACUAGCUUACCAACUGACCAGUGAAUUUGCAGAGAAGUCUCACAAUGAACUAGAAGCCAUUCAGGUCAGCUGUGUUAUCACUUUCUUUGCCAGCAUAUUUCAGUUUGCAAUAUGGACUACAGCUCUCCUCCAUGAAAGGGAAACUUUGCAUCCUUUUGCUCAAUAUGGUGGCAAUGAGCAUGCCUUCAUGUUUGCCAAGCUGGCUCUCUACCCUUGUGUAAGCCUUGGGGCCUUCUUUCUAACGUGCUUGUUAAGUGAAUUUAGCACAGCAAUUUUCCAUCUUAUGCAGAUUGUAAUCCCAUUUGCUUUUCUUGCCUUGCGCAUUUUUGUUAGAAUUUCUUUAGCUGUUAUAAAGUCCAUGGUGUCCCUCUCCAGACGGAAGGCUGUACUGUCAGAAGAAGAGGAGGCAUGUUUGUCUCCUACUGAAACAUUGUCCUAAAUUUCCAUGUAGUGCAUGUGAAGUUGUGGCAUUAACUUCGGUUCUUCACAUUAUCUUCAUGUGUGGAUUAUGUUGAUCUAAACUAAUGCCUGCAUUGGGCAUAACCGGGGGAUAUUUAAUUUUUAGCUGGUCGUGCUUGAGACCCUUUUUCCAAAACCCAUAACUGGAAACACUGGGUGAAUAGGGGAUACAAAGAAAAGCAUGUUGCCCUUCCUUUAGAGUUACCCUUUUGGAAAAAUUGCUGCUUGACAUGUAACUGCAGUGGUGAUUGAUUAAGAACUGCACAGACAGUUGCCCAGCAAAAUGCACUUUUCUGACAUGUGGCCACAUCAUGGCAGCCAAAAACAGGUAUAGAAGCUGAUUGUGCUAAUGUAACAUAGGGAGUGAGAUCUGGGAGACAUGGAGACCUCUGGGUUUCUGGAUGGUGCAUGGUGUUAAAACACUCGUGCAUACAGGUUGCUGGUGUGGGGGGUUUUUUUGGGUUUUUGUUUUUUUUUUUACUAUUUGUUUAACGAUUACAAUGUCUUCUGCAUAGUCACAAACUUGUGAUAGCUUUUUGAAAACUUUUGUUGAAUGGCUCUGAGUGUGAGUUUAGAAGGGAGUUGCAAUUGUGACCCAUAUGGAGUCUUCCAGGCUACUUGAACACGAGUUCUUAAGGCACAUCUGUUCUUUUAAAAAAAGAUGGUAUUUAAUAAAUGAGGAUUCUUGUGGCUAUGUAUCCAAGGUCUGAACUAGCUUUAAUAUCUCCCAGGGAAGAGAUUCAAAGAGCUGUGGGAUUAGAGGUAAAUUUAUUUUCAGUUUUGAAGCAGCUGCUUAUCUGAAAUGAAAGGUUUUGAUUUCUCAAGCUUUUUGUGUCGGUUUUCAUGCCUGCUAAAAGCAGCAUCCUUCUGUUAUUCUGAAGGCAUGAUGUCACAUUCAGAGAGCACAUGAGAUGUUCCUGCCUUGCCUAAGAGUUACCCAUCAGGUAAGGGAGAUGAGUUUUUCCCUAAGCAGAGUCUAACUAAGGGAUCCCACAGAUUUCUGAGACUCAGCAAGACAGCAAAAGAAACUAACACUGUAGAAGUUCCCGUCUAUGACAUGUUGAAUUUUUUUAUGUGCAGUUUUUUCACACUUACCCUGCAGAGAACUGUACAGAAGGAGUGGGCAAAGUGAUCUAGCCUCUGGCUGCUUUGGAAGCCUUUGCAUUUCUUUUUGCAGAGCCAUUAGUUUGUGUCUUGAACUGUCUUAGUGCCUGAUAACUUUAAUGCUGUAUUUAAAGGCAUUUGAGGGAUUUCGUUGUUCCUCUAAAAGAAAAACUUAAAAAUACUGUUGCAAAGUAUGCCUGGAGUGAUUGUUAGUGAAAACAAAUUCAAAUAUCUCAUUUCAGUUGAGAUCAGUCUUGAAAGCGCUUGUGCUUUUUGGUUUGAAGUACUUUGGUACUAGUAUGUAAUUGUUAGCAUUAUGUACUUCUUGUGAAAAAAGUAUGUUCACAUAUUCAAGGGGUUUUAUACCUGGUUGAAGUUAAAUGACUUGCAGUAGAAUUCUGCACUGUGUUGUGUAUCACAGAGUUUUUCUGAUAUUUAUUAAAAGCACUUUUAGUUCUAUAUGGUUUUGUUUCUCAUAUGCAGCGGGCACAUAAUAAACAGUGAAUAUGUGUAUUUGUAAUAAAUUUCAAUCAGUGAAAAAACAAAGCUUCUAGUCCUUUAUUUCUGCUCUGCAGAUGAAACUUAGAUCUGAUGUCUACAAUUAAAAUUAUGUUGGAGAUCUUUUUAUUUUUUUGUCUUCAAAAUCAUCCCUGCCAACCUCUUCUAUUCUGUGAUUUUGUGUGAAACACCCAGACACUUUUAAUGGUAUGCAAAAUAUGUUGAUUCUACUUCUGUGGUACUUGAAGGAAAUGAGAUCUGAAACUGAGUCUGACCAAGGAGUUUCACACAGGGGUGCUUUAAAGAGCAGUGAAUUGCAACAUAAAAAUACUACAAGAUACUGUACUGGUGUGCAUUUUUCCUUCUUUUUUUUACCCCACUUGCAAGUGAGUAAUCUGUUCUGCAGAAAGAACAAUUAUAUAAUUUUUUUGGCAUGUAGUCAAGAUACCAUUAUUCAAAUCAAAUUUGGUAGUAUCUCAGAACCUAAACUUCAGGGCAAACUUGACCUGUGGUUUUGUAUAAACAGGGUUGGCUUAGGAUCAUUCUGAUAAUUUCGGUAAUAAUUUACCAAACUGCAGAAACAAACCACAUUUCAGAAUGAGGCCUUAAUCUGAAUUGUGUGAUUCACAGGUAGAAAGAACUUUCCCAAAUUUAACUGUACCUAGCUGUUCUUUAUAGAAUUACUAAUGACCCCACAGGUUUUUGUCUCCAGAAAAAUUAAAGUGAAACACUUGUAGUGAUUAUGAUAAUCCCAGAAUCACAGAAUGGAUGAGGUUGGAAGGGACCUCUGGGGACUGUCUAGUCCAACCUUCCUGUUUAAAAUAGAGAUGAGUCCAGUCAGACUUUGAGCAUCUGCACAGAUGGUGACACCACAACCAUUCAACAGGUCAACCUGUUAGAAUGCCCAGUUGUCAUUAGGGUAAAAAGAAGGGGUUUUUUUCCCCUUUUUUUCCCCAUAUAAAAGAAAUUCCCUUUAUUUCAGUUUGUGGCCAUCACUUCUCACCCUGCCAUUGGGCGCCACUGAGAGGAGUCUGGCUCAGUCACUGCUCUUCCCCAUCAGGGAUUCAUAAAUGUUGUCAAGAUCCCCCCCGAUGCUUCUCUUGCAGGCUGCAUUGUCCCAGCUCUGUCUCUCCUUGUAUGAGCAUGCUCCAGUGCCUGUGUCAUCUCCAUUGCCUUUUGGUGGACUGGCCUUUGAAUGUCCAUGCCCUUCCUGUGCUUAGGAGGGGAGAGCUGGAGACAGCACGCUGGAUAUGCUUUUAACUAGUCACCUCCCUUGACCUGACCUGCCAGUGACAAUGACAGUUUUCCUAAGUCCAGGAGGUUGCUGGCCACCUUUGCCAGAACAAUAGUUUUAAUUACAUAAAAUCUCCUGGAAGCAAGGAAGUAAAAUUGCAGUAAAAUGUUGCAGUAAAACUUCUCUUCUAAUGACACUGAAAUUUUUUGCCUAUGGUACUGGUACUGCCAGUCAGGAACAACUGCCUCCUGAACUGAAGAGGUCAGGUUGGACAAAAUGUGGUUAUGCAUGGUAGGGUACUUGAGAAGUCUGUUGUUUCUCAGUUCACAACUGUGAUUCCAUAAUAACAGCUGUUUUGUUUGCUCAGACUGGUUGGCCUUGUUAAUGGGUUCAUGUUCAAGAUUAAUCCAUUCAAGACUUUAAAAGAUGGUAACUGCCACUUGCAA